UUCUGAAUUAAGUUUAUGGCUUUUUAUAAGUAGAAUUUAAUUUAAAGCUUUUGCUUUCCAUAAAUCUUAAUUCACAGAACAUCAUACUAAGUGACAAGGGGGAAUGGAAAUAAAAAAAGAAACACAAAAAUGUGUUUUCCAUUUGUUAAAUAUGAUUUCUAUCAAUUUGUGAUUGGAGUUUAACAUUUCUGUUUGACACCAGAGCUGACAUAAGAGGUUGGACGUAGCUGGAUCCAGUUUAUCUUAAAGUGAAGUAGACUGUGUUGUGACGCCAGGAUCCAGCAGCAGAGCGCACGCAGACAACAAGUCUGGACUUCCCUCUCCAGUCAGGAGCUGCUCCCAUGAAGGCAAGGCUCUGUCAUUACCGGGGCUAGAGGUUUAGGACGGGGCUUUAUCUAGCACAUCAGUGUGACUCAGAGUUGUUCUGGAUGCUGGAUCACACUGUUCUUGCGCGCGCAAACGCCUCCAUCGGAUUUUACGCACACAUCGCUGGAGAGAAGCAACAGGAAAACGCUCUUGGUGGCGUUGUCUCCUCUUAAACAGAGAGCAGCAGGUGCAAAACUCCCAACGCAGUAAUAAUUCCUGAUUCUAAAGCAUCUAUUACUCCUGGCGACCCCGUGGACGUGUGGUGCCAAAAUGUUUCCCUGGCGGCGCGCCUGCUCCUCGGUUUCCACGCCAGGACUGUGGACCGUUUUCCUGCUGCUGGAUUUACAGCUUUUCAGCUUCCAACAUUUCACUGGACUAUAACAGAGGAAACUAACCUGUUCACGCUAAAAAUCCGCCUCAUUAACAAAGGUCACUUGUAUUUUGAUAACCUACUUGUCAUUUAUUAAGACAGGCGAGGACAGCGCGCAGGGAAACCUUUUUCAGUAGAUACGCAUUUCCGCGCAACACCGCACCGAGAAGCGCACAGAGAUGCCGCGUCGGUUCCGCGUCCUCUUCCUGCUGCUGCUGCACCUGGCUGUGUUUCUGCUGGGCUGGCCGGCCGAGGCGAGCCGGAUACGAAAGAAGGCCACCAGGUCCCGGUCUUGCCUGGACCUGCCGGAGGAGAUCUUGGAGCAGAUGUUCGGCCGGCUCACGGUCGGAGUGAUGAGCGCUUUCCAUCACGCCCUGGAGCUGGAGCCGCAGGACAAACUGAACCUGACCUGCCCAACCACUGCACGGGCCCCGACCGACAGCAAGACCCGCCUCCCGGUCAACCUGCUCAGCAUCUCCCCCUGGGCCUACAGGAUCUCGUACCAGCCGACCAGGUAUCCCCGCUACAUCCCGGAGGCUUACUGCCUGUGUAAAGGCUGCCUGAUCGGGCCGUACGGUGAGGAGAGUGACCGGUACCGCAGCACGCCGGUCUACGCUCCCUCUGUGAUCCUGAAGAGAACGGGCUCCUGCAUCGGCGGCCGCCACUCCUACACGGAGAUCUACGUCUCCGUGGCCGUGGGAUGCACCUGUGUGCCGCUGCUGGAGAAAGAGCGCGACGGCCGCAACAGCAACCAGAGCCUGGAGAGAGCAGAGCCCAAAGCCGGACGGCUCAGGUCUGCACGCAAGAAAGUGUGAAGGAAGCAGAGCUGUUGGACUCCAGAUGAGUUUUUCUACACCGGCUCCAGUUUGUUGGUUUAUUUUUCUUCCACUGGCACAAAAAAAUGUAAAAUAAUGUAGAUGUAAUGAUAAUACUGCAAAGCAGAAACACCUGUAACAGUCCCUGAACCGGAGCACACUGAAUAUUUUGGAUAAGAGAAGAUUUGAUUUACAUCCUGUUUACUGUUGAUCCUUGAUAAACUCCUGAAAUGUUUUUACAUCUGGAAAGAAACGGAGACAUUAUUUAAUCCACAUUCAUUCCUGCCUUGAGUUGACCUGACUUCGGACUGAAACUUGGAGGAGACCUGGACUUGACAAAGAUGUCCUGAUACAUUAAGUACAGCAAACUCAAUCUGCACCUGUUGUAUUGGCUGGACUGGAGAGAAUAGGCCUAAAAGGCCUCUGAAGUACAAUGUGAGAGUUGGUUCAGCCAAAGUACAGAAAAUACACAUCUGGUAUGGAGUCGUGCAGAUCAUUUUGUGUUGAUUUGUGCAGGUUUGAAGAAAUUCACCUGUGACAUUUCUGCACCACAAACAAAACGGCAUUUGGGUGGAGGCAGAAAUCUGAUCAAAACCUUUGCCCAUUAAAUCAGAACUAGCUGUAUGUAAAUGAGAAUACUUUUAUUUGUAAAUUGGGUGGUCCAACAAUUAAAUUAAACACAAAUAUUGACAGAUGGAAUAAAAUUCCUCAUUAUCGUCAAUGAUCUGAUCAAUGCUGCCACCUACUGAAAAAAAACUGCACCAGGAGAAACCGGAAACACUGACACACUUUUCACAAAGCUUCCAUUCAUUCAUUAAAACAACAAAUAUUCAA